AUGGCUCUACCCGUCCUGCCCAGCCCGGACAACUUCCUCGGCGUGGCUCUCGUUAUCAACAGAUCCCGCGAUGGGCCUCGCUUCGUCUUCCACUACCCGCCUCACGUCCUGCCCGUGCAGGACCACCCCGCCAAGCAGGACGGCGAUGAUGACCUGGAGGACGACGACGACAUAUUCGCCGACAGGCGCACGUCCCGCUCGGCCAUGGAUGUGACCGGCGCCUCGGGCAUGCCCAACCUCGCCGACCUGGCCCAGUGGAACCAGGACGACCACUUCAUCACCGAGGGCGGCUCGCAGCUCGUGCCCUGGGAGUAUGUCGCCGGCUUCCCGACCAAGGACCUGGAGAACAUCCUCACCCCGGCCAGGGCGUACCACAAGACCCUCUUCCAGAUCUCCCUGGACCCCAUCUACUGCGUCUCUUACCCCAUCCACGUGCCGGAGAACGGCAUAUGGAAGAAGAGAUCCAAGAAGAAGGAGAAGAAACAGCGGGAGAAGCAAAAGGCAAAGGAGUCCAAGGAGUCCAAGAGGGAGGAUGUCGUGGACGGCGGAGAGCCAAAAUCUGCCGAUGCCGAUGCCAACCCUCAAGAUGAAGAGACCACAAAGGCCGAUGAGGUCGACGACGUCGACGUCAAGGACAUGGCCAAGUCUGCCACCGAAGAGGAGGACAAGGUCAGCUCCAUGAACAUGUUCAACCUCGUCUUCAUCCUCAACCCCAGAAAGCACGAGGCCAAGGAGCUCGUCGACACGAUGUACACCCACAUCAUCAAAAAGGUCAACAAGGCCUACAAGUACUGCCAGCAGAGAAGCGACUUUGUCUGGAAAGAGUCUAAGCGGAUCCUAACACUGAAGGAUAAGGCCCGAGAAGACAAACGGAGGAUGUCUUCGUUGUGGAAUGAGAUCCUCGCGACUUCGUCGCUGGCAGCUUCGAUGCAGGACAUCUACGAGGCCAUAUCUCAGAACAAGAUUGCCGCCUUGCAACUGGAGACACCCGAAGGCACUGUCACUCCUUCAGUGCAAAUCCCGGUUCCCUUUCACAUUGCAGAUCUCCCUCAGCUAGGGGAGGAGGACGGCCAGCGCGGCCUCUGGAUCACGACUGCAAACUCCUUCACGAGCGAAGACACCGUCGACGAGCCAGGCUUCCUCGACAAGAACUUCGCUCUGCUCCUGAUGUACGACGAAAAGAAGAUCGUCUCCGAGCUCCAGUCUGACCAAGACGAUUUCACCACCUCGAGGAUGAUCGAGUUUGUCAAGCACAGCAAACCAAACAUGUCUUGCCUCGCUGACAUCACACACCCCCCUUCCCCCACCCCAAGGUUCCACCAAGUCGCCCAGCAGACGAGCAACGUCCUCACCCUCGGCGAGGUCCGCAAGUACGCGCAGCACUUCAUCUUCUGGCGGCGGGCCAUCGCCAUCCCGCCCCUGCACGCCCGCGACAUCUACAUCCUCUCGCCCAACUGCGACAUGGCCCAGCUGCCCCGGGCCGCGGUCGAGUGGGGCCGCGCCUUCCCCUUCGCCCCGACCCUGCCCCAGUUCCUCUCGGACCUGUCCGUCGCCCCGCGCCAGUACAAGUUCUUCUGCCCGGCCAAGAGCUACCGGCCCGACUACCUGCGCAUGCUGGCCUGGCUCGUGCGCGGCGGCUGGGUCACGCAGCUGUGCACGUUUGCCUACGUCGUCGUCUGGCCCGAGAUCAUCUAUGAAGUUGGGUACGCCCUCGAGGCCGAGGAGCUGGCCAAGGCCAAGAGGGUGCAGCUCGAGCGGGAGCGGCAGGAGGAGGAGGAGGAGGAGGCGGAAGAAGAGCACGACGAUGAGGACGACGACCACCGCCGGCGUAGCAGUGGCCGGCGGCACAACAACAGCGAGGAGGAGGACAACGCGGACGGCGACAGCAGCGCGGGAGGAGGAGGAGAAGCACAAGAAGACCUCCGCUCCUCGACCGCGACCAUCAAGUCCCGCCCCCGCGGGCCGAGCGACCUCUCCGACUCCGCCGCCGAACCACACCUUCCUCCCCUCGCCACCCCAUCCCCGCUCUCCCCGUCCGCCUCCCAGGUCUCCCUCCUCUCGCCCACGUCCCCCUCCUCCUCCUCCCUCAGGUCCCCGGCCGCAAGCACCUCCAACCUCUCCACGACCUCCUCGUCCCUGGCGCACCUCGCCGCCAGCGCCGCCAGCGCCUCCCUAUCCGCAGAGCAUCCUUCCGCCAAGCAGCCGCAGCCGCAGCCCACGCCCGCCCAGGCGGCCGCCGAGAAGGCCCGCCGCGCCCGCAUCGCCGACAAGGCCGCCCGCGAGCUCGCCGAGCGCGCCACCGCCCACGCCCGCAAGCAGCCGCCCCUCGCGACCGCGCACCCGGCCGUCAACGCCGCCGCCCACCUCGCCGGCCUGCAGCCGCACCUCAUCCUCGACGCCAAGAAGGCCACCGGCAUGGACAGCCUGUACCUCAGCGCCAUAGGGCGGCGGCUGCGCAACCGGGGCGAGCUCCUGGCGGCGGCGGCUGCACAGGCACAGGCACAGGCGCAGGCUGCGGCGCAGGCGCAGGCUGCUGGCGGUGAAGGUGGAGGUGGAGGUGGAGGUGGGAGUGCGAACGGAGCUCCUGCUGCUGGUGCUCAGCAUGCGGCGGCGACAGCGACGUCCUCCACCACGAAAGAGUGGGACGAGAGGGUGGCCAAGGCGUGGCCCGUGUUCUGCAAGUACUUCAACGGCCGGUCCGCGCUCGAGAGGGUCGCGCUGCAGGAGGACAUGAAGAGGAAGGAGGCGUGGAACCUGCUCAUGGCCAUGAGCGAGUACCUGCUGUGUGUGAGGCACUGGUGA